UUCGGCAUGCGUGCAGAACACUGUCCAAUGAAUUUGUGGGGCAUAAUCGCUCCGUAAGACAAGGGCAGCGGCUAAGCUCUUAUUUAAGUUGCUUAACCUGCACACAUGGCUGAGUUUAAAGGGAGUCACUGGCGACAACUAUAGCGCGGUCUUCGCAGUAAGUUCGUGCAGGAAUAGGAAGCCGCAGGUAGAUACUGCACUUCAGCGGGCAACGGGAUCCCCGCGGCUGUUCGGAUCAUGUGGCGAGAAGCAGAGCGGAGCGCGCUAGCGCACUUCGGCGCGGUCACUGCGGUGACGGUCCUCAGUGUGAUUCUGCUGCGAAAGUGGAUUGCGGGAGGGGUCUGUCACAGCAGAGCCCGUCUGGAUGGGAAGACGGUUAUGAUAACGGGGUCCAACACUGGUAUCGGCAAGGAGACAGCAAGGGAUAUGGCUAGACGAGGGGCACGAGUGGUGAUGGCAUGCCGCGAUUUGACCCGUGCUGAGAAGGCAGCAGAGGAGAUACGCAGAAGCACAGGAAAUGGCAGUGUGGUGGUUCGACACCUUGACCUGGCCUCCCUAUACUCUGUGAAGGAGUUUACCAAGGAAUACAUAGCCACUGAGCAGCGGCUUGACAUUCUUAUCAACAAUGCUGGUGUGAUGAUGUGCCCCAAGUGGCACACAGAAGACGGCUAUGAGACACAGCUGGCUGUCAACCACCUGGGCCACUUCCUCCUCACCAACCUCCUCCUUGGGAAGCUGAAGAGUUCUGCCCCUAGCCGUGUUAUCAACGUGUCUAGCAUGGCCCAUAAAGGCGGGAAGAUUCACUUCGAUGACCUGUGCUUUGAGAAGAUCCCUUAUAACUCAUUGGUCAGUUACAGGCAGAGCAAGCUGGCCAAUGUGCUUUUCUCCAAAGAAUUGGCACGCAGGACAAAAGGAACAGGGGUCACCUCCUACAGCCUACACCCUGGUGUUAUCCGCACAGAGCUAAGUCGACACAUAGAGACAUGGUUUCCUCUGCUGAAGAUGGUGCUGUUGAUCCCCUCAAUGCUCCUGAUGAAGACACCAUGGGAGGGGGCCCAGACUUCCAUCUAUUGUGCAGUGACAGAGGGGUUGGAAGAGAAAUCGGGCUGUUAUUUCAGUGAUUGUGCAGUUAAGGAGCCAGCUCCGGAAGGAAAAGAUGAUCUCACAGCACUGAGGCUGUGGGAGGUGAGUGCUCAGCUGGUGGGGUACACCGAGGGAGACUGACCGACUCCGUCCUCUAACACCUCUGCAUCAUGCAGCAAUGCAGCCUGGUUUUGCACUCAACACACCUUUACACUAGUUUUGGUUUUCGUCGAUUGCGUGCUUUAUGGACUUCAAUGAUUGGCAAUGACAGGAUCUGACCACCAUGGCAACAUCACUCUACACUUUGGAUUUCCUUAUUCAUAAGUGUUUAUUACAUCGGCGUGUAACCAAGUCUAAAACUCAAGAAUUCCACUAUAAAGUCAAAGUACAAUUAUCGAGAAGUCAACAUAUCCUACACUCUCUAGUAUAGUAUAUUCUACUAUAGUAUGUCCACAGACAACUCUAAGUAUUGUGCUGUAAUAUAUACCUCUGACAAAAAGUGAACCUCCAAAAGUGUUUAAACUACCAUAAAUUUUUUUUCAAAGAUUUUAAUUAGAUUCCACAAUAUUACCCUGUGUUGUGCUGCUUUAUUUUUCGUGUAUUUAUUUACUGGGAGAUGAUGGAAGUUCUGGUCCUAAUCUGGGAUCUUAAAAUUGUAUU